GCAAAUUACAUCACAGAUCUGCCCACGGACGCGCACACGCAGAUGACUCGGAGUCACCCUGUGUCCUGAACUACUCUGACCCACGGGAACCGUUUUAAAGUCACUUUUUAAAUUAGUAUUAUAACCAAGUGCCAAAAUGUUGCCUUUUAAGAGAACUUUUGAGAGCGAGAAGCAGCAGCUGCAGGAGCUGAACUGCAGGCUGGCCCAGUAUCUGUCCAGGACCAAGCAGCUGGAGCAGGAAAACACGCAUCUGAUGUGUGAGAUCAAUAAACUCAGACAGGCGCAAACGGCGGAGUGGGAGCCCAGGUACAAAGCAGAGAUGCGGGAUCUGAGGAGAAUGGUGGAGCAGCUGUCGUUUGAGAAGUCCCAGGCGGAGAUGGAGAGGGAGAAGAUAUGGCGAGAGUUGCAGAUGGUUCAGUCCCUGUGCAACCAGCAGACCGACGUGUGCAGGGACAUCAGUGGGGAGCUCCACGGCUGCGAAAAGGAGCUGGACCACGCACACAAAACCAACAGUGAACUCCAGCAACGCGUGAUUCAACUCCAAAACGAGUAUAAGCGCUUGGAGGAUGCGCACAGGCACGAAAUCGGGCAUCUCCGGCGUCAGGUGGACUCUCGGAUGGUCCCCAUUGUCAGUCAAACUUACCGCGGGCCUCCGGCGGCCACCGUGGAAGAAGUGCAAGAAUAUGCCCACGGUCUGUCCCAAGGAUGGAUCGAUACCUUUGAGAUGUACCAGCAGAAGAUCGAAGACAUGGAGCAGUCCAUUAAAGCGGAUCAGGCCAAACUGAGUGACCUGCAGAGGGAGAAGAUGAUGUACGCGUCAGAGUUGGACAAAAUGCGCAAAGAUGCGGAAAAACAAGGGCAGGUUCAAGUGCGUCUGGAAGAGCAACUGAUGCAUAUGCAGGAAAAAUUUAAUAUGGACUUGAGUGAAUAUCAGAUGAUUAUUGAACAGCUGGAGCAUGAAAGGAACAUGAUGUGCGGCGCUAUUGAAGAAAAGAUGCGACAACAUCAGGAGCUUCUUCAGGUCAAGAUGGAUCUGGGCUUGGAGGUGGCUGCCUACAGGGCUCUCCUGGAAGGUGAGCAAGAUGUUCAAAGGAGAGUGAAUCAACAACAGAGAGAAAGAAUAAUAGAUAUCAAGAUGCCUGCCCAACCAUACACUCCUAGAACCACAUCUAUCAGACAACACAUGGACAUCAGAUACACACCGACUUCAACUUCACACGUCAGAAGAUCUCCUGUACCUCAGUCUGGGUCCAAAAGUCCCUCCAGGGUCAUUCCUAUUUCAGUGGCUCGCCAUCAGAGCCCUGCAUCCAGAAGGGACAUGAUUUCAUUCACCAAAGCACGAGCUGCUGCAUCUGCCCCUCCUCCUGCUGAACAAGUAAACAAAACCAGUUCUUAUGCACAGAAAACGGUAUCGGAGGAGAAAACCAUUAAAAUCAAGCAGGUUUCUCAGGUAGAAAACCAAAGAAGUCCCCUGAAAUCCCCCACCACCGAGAGUGCAUCAGUGAGAGUGCUGUCACCAACAAUGAUGAGCCUCAGCAAGAAUACUGAAACAGGAAGCAAAAGGAACGUGCCAGAAGAAAAAGAGAAAGUAAAUGAAUUUGAUCGAAUGCCCAAAGAUCGAGAGAAAGCAGAGUCUACAAUAGGCCCAGAAGAAAAAAAGAUAUUAGACUCAGUGUCUGUAGAGGAAAUCAUAGAGAAAGUGAUAAAGCCAGCAGGUUUAGAGGCGAAGGUCUGCCAAUCAGGAGAUUCAAAGGUAAGAUAUCAUGUGGAGAAAACUGAGCAAGAUGAUGGCACAACUAAGACAAAGAUUGUUCUGGAGUCCAAGGUGGAGGAAGAGCUGGAUAUUUCUGAGGACAAUGCUCUGGAUGACCUUCUGAGCCACGGGGUGAAGAAGGUGGCGCUGGACGACAUCAAAGACACAGCAACAGGAAGCAUGAUCCAGAAUCUGAUCAGUGGGCUGCAGGGUGGAGAGAACCUGCAAAAUAAGUCCAUCAAUGUGGAAAUCAUCGAAGAACCGGUGGAGUCUGAGAGCGAUGAGGAGCGCGAAGUGGAGGAGGAGUUAAGAUGCAGUUUUAAUGAGCCCUCCUCAAAGUAUUUCCAAAUUGAGGAGUUAGAGAAUGUCCCCCAUGAUGAAACAAGAGUUCAGAAGAGUGAUGAUGACGCAACAAAAGCUAUGACAGAGACAGAUCACUGGAAAGGAGGAUCUGUCCAUAUUACAGAGAGCGAAUCUUCAUAUUUGUCUCAUCAACAAGAGCCUCACGAGUAUUUUGUCUCCACACCAGAUGACAACUAUUCUGAACCAGAGGAGGGCGGUGGCAUAACCUCAUACGGCCAUUAUGGUAUUGUUGAUGAUCUGUCAGACGAGAGAUAUUACCAAGAUGAAAGUCUUCCAACAAAAAGAGUGAUUGUUGAGGAAAGUGAAUACAAGAUCACAUCAGGUGAGCACCCGUUUGCCAAAGAGAGUUUCCCAGAGUGCAUCAUUGAAGAAGAGAUCCGUGUCUCCCCUAUAGUACAGGAAUCAGUGCUUGGGUUCCUGAGAGAAGACUCUUUGGAGCCUAAAGAGCAGCUGAAGGGAGCCCUAGAGAAACUACAAGAAUCAGUAUCAGGUCCACUGAGAGAGGAGUUGGCUUUCCUCACAAAAGUUAGUAGUGAAAACCCACAAAAUGUAGCUGUUGAUAUCAAAAAAGUUCAACAGUCCAGUGACAAUGGAACCAUGACCAUAGUGGCAGAGUUGAAUGUGUCUCAGUCCCUGGAGGAGUCUGGUCUACUGGAGGGAGACGAUCUAUCUGAGGAGCAGAUCAUGGCAGCUCUGAGAUCUUCAAACCUUGGAUUUGAGAAGGCUUUCCAGGGUGGAGCAGGAGGAGGGUACAGCGUGAGAGUCUCAACAGAAGAGGAAGUGGAGCACGGUGAAGGUUUUGAAGGUGUCGCUGAAUCUAUGUCUGAAAUCGCUGAGAAACACAUCAAACUGGGGCCGUCGGAAAAGUCUUUCACCUUCCAGAUGGAUGCGCAGAGUGGCCACGAGGAACAAGGACUACACUCCCCGGUGAAGAUUUCUCAAGAGAAGAGAGUCACAACAGUUUAUCUGGAGAGUCCUUCAGAUGAUUAAAGGGAAAAAAAAAAUCAGUCAGCAUAUUGUGAAAUAGUUGGUGAUGUAUCAAUUGUUGAAAUGCAUAUAUAUUGAGAGAGAGUGCUGUGUAGACACUAAUAAUAUGCUAAUAUUUGCAGCAAAACCCUUUUUUUUUUUCCUUCAAAUUAACUGAAAAUAAAAUGUAAGAAUUAAUGUACCUACUGUACAAUGUGCCCCCUAAGAUGUUGCUUUACUGCAACUCAUAACUGAAGCAAAACUCUCCAAGUUAACCAUUUAAAAUACUAGAAUAAUACCAAUUUUUAAUGGAACACGGUAUCUUAAAAUGCUAAAUGCUAACACGGGCCACCUUAAAUCAGGAUUAGCAUUUGUUAUUGUAGUCUAUACUGAUAGGAGUGUUGUGCUGCUGUGUUAACUUUUUAUAGGUUGCAGUUUAUCUACUAAUAGGUUUCUUUAAUCUCCUCUCUAGAUUUCUCUAUUUUUCUAUUGACCUGUUGCUGUACAGCUUAAACAGCUUCUGCAGUUUACAGUAUCCCAUCACCCCCGCCCUUACAUUAAGGCUGUUAUGGCUGGUUCGGAGUCUGCUUGGGCUACACUUAAUGCAGACCAACAUUUAACAGGUGGAAGUGUGAUGUGCUGUGCACCGCUUGCAGACUGGAGGUUUUUUUUUUUUUUUUAAGGUGGGUGGGAAGGGGAUUAUUACUACAAAGUGAAAUGUUAGGAUACAGACAGGAACACUGUAGGUUAUGAUAAACAGAGUCAGAUGAUAGUUAAGCUUAUAGCUGUCUGUGGGAAGGUUGUUUUGCAAAGGUUGAAAGGUAUAGUGGAAGUCAGUGUAGCACUUAAAGUAUCAUGAAAGAAUAGAUGUUUGUCUGGUAAAUUGCCUUUACUAACAACAUAUUACAAAAUUUGAAUUAGAAAAAUAACUUACAAUAUAUAAUCAAAUAUGUGUUACGUGAUCAAAGUAAUUGAUAAGAACCAUUCCUGUAAAAACUGCAUUUUCAUCACCCUAUGUAUCAUGACAUUUAGAGUCACAGACAUUUAUAUUUACACAUGUGCAUACACUCGAAACACACUUAGACAUUUAAAAUGGUGGAUUGAGACAUUUGAAAGAAAGUGAUGCCAAGUUGAAAAGCAAGUUUUGAGAAAAUGAAAAAGUUAAAAUAAAUCAGUGAACUACAAACAAUAGAGUCUGAU